AUGCUGGAUGGGCACCUGCUCCAGCUGCUCCUUACCACAGCUUUGUUCCCCAGCAUCCUUGGGACAGCCGUGGUGCAGAACCUGCACCUCUGCGAGGGCUAUGUGGGCCCUGAUGGCCUCUCCCACUCCGGCUUCUACUGCCCGCGGCUGACUGACCCCCCUGGCCACCGCUACUGCUGCCAGCCUAGCCUGGACGCUCUCAAGUCCUGCUGCUCUCAAGUGGCCCUGGAAGCUCUCACUGGAGUGAACCUCUCCAGCCUGGCAAGCCCUGGUCUACUCCGGAACCCGCUGGCCCUGCCUUUCGUGGGGCUCUAUGGGAUCCUCGUCCUCCUGCUUAUGGCCAUCGACCUCUGCCACUUCUACCGGACCCGACGGUGCCACCUCCGCCGCCUGCUGCCGUGCGCCUGUCGCGUGGCCCGCCGACUCCCGCGGGGGCGCCGGGCCGGCUCCCGGCCUUCCCGUGGUGCCCCGAGACUGACACGGCCCGGCCGGGGCUGCUGA